AUGGCCGAAGAACCAAGAGCCCAGACGAUCCAAGAGCGCAUAGCUGCACUCAACCAGUCGCAAGUCGGUCGUCUACCAGAAACGUCUGCCGCGCGACCUUAUGCUUCGAGAAACAAAACCGUGAACAAUCCUCCGCACGAACUGAACGGUUCCGUGGUUGACAUCAAGGUCAUUGGCAACAAACCUGCUCCGGUCCGUCAAAAUGGGUUCCUUCCGCCUCCAACAGCAGUCUUAGAAGCACAAAAGAAUUCGCCGAAAAAUGAUUGCAAGUUGCCUCCUCCACUCCCAGCUCGUAAGAGCCCCCAACCUACACCGGCUCUACCACCCCGCCGCCCGUCUGCGCAGACGGAACGGAGAGUGUCCUCUGAGUCUACAAGGUCGAAUGCGUCUUACAGUACGAUUUCUACAACGAGCACGGUGGAUAGCAAGAGUCGGGUACUUGUAGCUCCAGGAUGGAUGGAAGCAGAGCUGCCUCCGCUUCCGGUGCGCGAGAAGGGUCGACCGGGCCUUUCCAAGCGUACAUCGUCAACACUUUCAGAGGCAGAAAAGGCGAAGAGAGCAAUUAAAGCACCCUUGAAACCACCGCCACUGCCUUCACGGACCUCGUCUACAGAAGCCAGUGGAGACCAAGCUACAAGAGUAUCGUUACCCGUCCGAAGUCUGUCUUCUGAAGCGAGGAAAAUACCAUCGCUGUCAAUAAAUGCAGUGAAGAACGAAUCUGCCACUGUAGCACCAGCGCCAGCGCCAGCGCCACGCAAAAUUCCUCCAGUCCCCACGGCCGAAGCUCUUCAUAAAAUACAGCAGAAAUCGUUUGCGACUUUGAGUAAACAUGUUGAAGAGGAUGAGCUGGAUCAGAGUGCACCGCCCGCUAUACCUUUUGCUUCGCGACCAAAUCUAGCAGCAAUCCAGGCAACGAAACCUAAAUUCGCCGCCAACGGACAUGCUCAUGUUAGUGCUAGUACCGUCUGCAUGAUAUGCAGAGACUUCUCCGGUCCAGAUAAUCAUGCAGCUCAAUUUCCCCGACAAUCUCUUCCUACCAAUGAUCUAGCAUGGCUAGCCACACAGCUUACCGCACCAUUCCCAUCUCUUACUGACAAGGCGAGGGCUUUGUUUACUUGGCUUCAUUACAACAUCAAGUAUGAUGUUGACGCCUUUUUCAAUAACAACGUGCAGCCGUCAACMCCCGCCAAGACACUUUCCACUGGUCUUGCAGUUUGUGAGGGAUAUGCCGGGCUGUUUGCUACUCUGGCAACACACGCGGGCCUUGAAGCUCUUGUUAUAGGCGGCCACGGCAAGGGGUUUGGCCAUUCGCAACUAGCUCCUGGCUCCACUAUACCACCAUUCGAAGCUGGCCACGCUUGGAACGCGGUGAGAAUCGACGGGGGCAUAUGGAAACUUGUCGAUCCGUGCUGGGGAGCUGGAGCUGUAGCGGGCAAAGGACAGCCAUAUAUUCAACGAUUUGAUCCAACUCAUUUUACCAAGCCCAAUAACGAGUUUCUUCUUUCACACUACCCGCAGAACAAGGACCAGUUCUUUACAGAUAAUGGCGGUCCUGGCAUGAGUUGGGAGGCGUACGUUCUUCAAGACCACAAUAAGCCUUUCGGUCUCGAGCAGCCUGUCAUUUUUACGGAUGCUUACCAGGAGGGAAUUGGAGAACGAUCCUUCCGUCCAGCCUGCGCAAAAAUAUCCAUUCACCAGUCAGGGCCUAUAAGGUUUCAAUUUGGCUUGAAAUGUGAACAUUGGACACUUACUCAUCAUAGCAAGAAAACUGCACCCUUUCUCUUCCUAUUAGAUACCCACGGCAUAGAUGGCCAGAAAGAUGAGAAAAUACCGUUUACUUACGUUCGCGGUACCGGGCCGAAUGGCGGAGGGGACCUAUGGUAUGUGGAUAUCGAUGAUCCAAGGGUACUGGGCGCACCUGGUCAAAAGCUUGGAAUUGCCAACAUUACAAGCUUUGCUUCCCAGAAAGAUGCUCGUGGUCUAUCAUUACAAGAAUAUAAAGCCCAAGCCGGACGUGUUGGCAUGGGUUGGUCUUAUAUAGCGCAGUGGGAGCUGACUGUCUAA